AUGGCCCUGGCUCUGCCGCUGCUCCUCGCCCUGCUCGUGGUCGCCCCAGGUAGCCCUGGCUGGGCACUCACGGUGGCCGCAGGUCUGGGGGCACCCGGGGGGGGCUGUGGGGUGCCCCCCUCUGCCUGGUGCCAGAGCUGGGAGACUGCCCUGCGCUGCGGGGCCCUGGAGCACUGCCCCCACCUCACCCAGAGACCCCCUGAUGUGGACACCUGUGCCAUCUGCCAGCAGCUCUUCGACUUCCUCCACCGCGUGUCCAACCAGUCGACCGUGCAGGUGGCAGUGGAGCAGGCGCUGAGGGCUCUGUGCCUCCCGCUGCCCAUCCUGGCGGUCCCGUGCCAGUCUGUGGUUCACACGCUCGUCCCGCGCGUCCUCUGGGAGCUCCAGCACCUCGUGCCCCGGCAGAUCUGUGCCAAGCUGCAGCUGUGCCAGGCAGAGCCCGGGGGUGCCGCGGCCGUGCCCGCCCUCGGGGUGAUCGGCACCCACCCGCAGGUGCCCGCGGUGGCCGCGGAGGCGCUGCCGAUGCCGCUGCCGCUGUGCUGGCUGUGCCGCACCUUCGUGGCGCAGGCCGAGGCCGCCAUCCCCGUGCCCAGGGUGGCCGCGGCGGCCACGGGGCUGUGCCGGGCGCUGCCGCUCGUGGCAGUGGGCGCCUGCCAGUGCCUGGCCCAGCGCUACGCCACCCUGCUGCUCGAGGGGCUGCUGGGCCGCCUGGGCCCCCGCCUGCUGUGCCGCCUGCUGCUCGCCUGCCGGGGCGCUGGGGACGAGGAUGUGGGGACCUGGGCACCGCCCGCGCUCCUGGAGACCAUCGUGGUGCGGCUGGCGGAGUGCGUGAGCCCCGAGGACUUCAAGGGUGCUGCCCCUCCUGCGCUGUCGCCCCCCCUGGGCCCCUGUGCCCUGGGCCCCCUGUACUGGUGCUCCGGCCCCGAGCCCGCCCGGCGCUGCCAGGCCCUGCAGCACUGCCAGGAGCACGUCUGGCUGUAG